GCAGCAGCAAGCAGCAAGCAGCAGCAGCAGCAAGCAGCUCUGUGCCUUUUCCUUCGUUCUUCUGCUUCACUUUUGAUUGAACAUUUUCUCUAUUUUCUUUGUAUUAUGGCUGCAAUCAUCAGGAGGAUCGUCAGCACCUCCAAAGCUCCUGCAGCCAUUGGGCCAUACAGCCAGGCGGUGGUGGUCGAUCGGACCAUGUACAUCUCAGGACAGCUGGGGAUGAACCCUGCUGAUGGACAGUUGGUGGAAGGUGGUGUUCAGGCUCAAACCAAACAGGCUCUUGUAAAUAUGGGUGAAAUCCUAAAAGUUGCAGGAUGUGGUUACGAAAAUGUUGUGAAAACUACGGUGCUUCUCGCCGACAUGAACGACUUCACCACAGUCAACAACAUUUACAAGCAGUUUUUCAGCACCAACUUCCCGGCCAGAGCUGCCUACCAGGUCGCCGCUCUUCCCAGAAUGAUUUCUGCACGGCUCCCAUGUUGCCCUGGCUCCUGGUUCCUGGCUACCUGCACGGCUACGUCACUUUGGAACUCCUUGGCUCUCUGCUCAGAGCGUGACUCUGCCACAUACCAGUUAAGUUCCUCCUCGUAUUAGUGGGGUCCCAUUCUCACUUGUUCCUGUCUGUGACUGUGCUAUGAUAAAGAACUGUUCCAAGAACUCUUCCUAAGAACUCCAUGAACUCUGAUAUCAAACCAUUAAAAACCCAGCGGUAUCAAAUCCUGCUCAAUUAGAACUGCAUCACAACACACAGCACUUGACCUCUGGAUACAAUUUAUGAACUGUGAACAAUUCCUGAACAGUAAACCUUAUUUCUUAAGAAGAAAAUAUGAUUAAGCCUUUUGUGAACUAUGACUGUUUUGAGGCUCCAGCAUUACGAGUGCAUUCACUCACCCUGUGUGUCUUUAUUCCCCAUAGUUUCUGGUUUCGGAGGUGAGGGUUCCACCUGGUCCUGGUCCUUGAACCUUAGCAUUCUCCUUCAAGACUGGCUUGGAAUACUGCAGCUCCCUAUUUUCACCGCCAGGAGGCAGGCCAUCUCUACAUACUACAGGCACCCCAGUGCAGCACCUUUUAUUUAUUGUUUAUAAAUAAAUAUAGUUUACUAUGUACUCUUCCCAUGUCCAGCUCCCUGCAUUUGGGUCCAUUGCCUGAAAUGGUCCAUUUCUGUCCGGACCCCUAACCAUAACACUCUGGGUGCAGCUGUUU